GAGAGAGAGAGAGAGAGAGGGGUAAAUAUAGAAUAGUAAUAGUACGAUUAGCAGGUGAGGCAGGGCAGGCAGGCUAGGGAAAUACUAGCAAUUGCAGCAAUAGCAAAUAGGUAUUAUCAGACUCUUUAAGGAAUUUACAGAGCUUCUCAGCUCGUCUUAUCCUUUUCUCGUGAUCUCUCUCUCUCUCGUUUCUCUCUCCUCUCUGAGAUAGGCUUUUAAGUCGUCCUUUUUUAAAUGCCCUCUUAGUGUCUGCUGUGACCAACACACAUUUUCAACGGGUUUGAAACUUUAUAAGAGAAGAAAAUAAUUCUAGGACGACGCCGUUUCGUUCUGGUCUUGAGGGUGUGAAGGCUGUAAGCAAGUUUAUUAAGGGAUCAGGGGAAGAUCCAGGUUGCUGGGAAAAAAAAUGACUACAAGUAGUUGCAGUGCAAGAAACGGCGCCGUUAGGCAGUAUGUGAGAUCAAAGGUGCCUCGUUUGAGAUGGACUCCAGAGCUUCAUCGCUGCUUUCUUCAGGCCAUUGAAAGGCUUGGAGGCCAUAAAAAGGCUACUCCAAAACUUGUUCUUCAGUUGAUGGAUGUCAAAGGGCUCACCAUUUCUCAUGUCAAAAGCCAUCUCCAGAUGUAUAGAAGCAUGAGAGGCGAUCCGAUUAUAAGACAAGAUAGGGUGCAAACAAGAAAACUACAUUCGUUUGAAGAGGCUGAGGAUGAUGGGUGUGUUGAAGAAGUAAAUGGUUUGAGCUUUUACCCAUCUUCCAAACCCACUAGAGAAUCGGAUUCCCAGGUCAUCUGCAAUCCCCGCCGUUCAAAAAGAGCUAGAACCGAGACGAUGGGUUCAAACAUCUCGGAGGGUUUGCAGCAGCAGCAAUGCGGCAAAGGAGGAAUAUAUGAGACAGUGUCAAAUCCGUACUCUUUUGAUGAUUACGUUCUGGCAUUGGGAAUAAAGGAGGACCCUCACCCAUCAGCCUUCAAAAUUGCUUUGCAAGAAUCUGAUUUCUUGAAGGUUGCUACCUUACCAGAGGCAGGAGGAGCACAUGUCGAAGACCAUCAUGAAGCUAGCCAAUGUGAACUAUCACUGUCACUCUCAUUACACCAGCCCUCCUCCCACAAGAGUAAUGCUUCUUCAAGUGACUUCAGUGGUGCAAUCUCGUCGUCAUACUCUAGGCCUAACUACAAAGACUGCUCUGCCUCUUCUUCCGGGAAUCGUAAUCGGAAUCUUAAUCUGAAUCUUUCGAUUGCUCUCUGCGGUACCUGAUGCUGCUGUAAAAAGAAAAAUCAUCUGUUUUAGGCUAGUAGAUUUCUACCCUCACUCACCCCACAUCUUGUUAGUUCUUUUACUGUUGUUGUAGUUAAGUUAUCGGUUAGGUCUUCGGGAGGUUUAUUUGUCAUUUGAGUUCCACUCUUGGUUUUAGAACCGCAAAGCAUAUAUAUCUUUGUUAUGAGCUCUGAAUUUUCAAAUACGACCCGUCUGAAGGGAGGAGUAGAACAAAGAGUGUAUCUUUGACAGCAGACAACAGGCCAGAAACAUUUGUACAAUUAGAACAAAUAAGCUGCAUUUGGAACCUUCAUCUGUUUUCAAUCUCUCCUGUCAUUCAAUAAUUCAAUUCGUCUAAGUUGAAUCAAAGAAAACAGAAAUGAAUUUGUACCCGA